AUGUCGCUAUCCAACGCCGAGAAAGGAUGUGUUGACAUGGUGGAGGACGUCGGCCCCGUGGGCAAAUCACCUGGUGACGACGUUCUGGUCUCUGCCGAUGGAAGAAUCCAACUGCUACCAGUCCCUAGCAAGGACCCAAACGAUCCGCUGAACUUUUCCUUCAAGGCUAAAUUGGGGAUCAUUGUCAGUUGUUGCUGGUUUUCUAUCAUGUCCUUGUCUGUGGUCGGGGGCCUAGGAUCCAUCUUGACUAUCUUUAUUGAUCUCUAUGCUAAGGAGGGAGUUGAUGCAACCAGAGUGGGCUGGCUUACCACCUUUCCCUCCCUAUUCAUCGGCAUAGGAAAUUAUUUCAUCUUACCGCUGGGGCUGGCUUUCGGUAGACGCCCCGUCACUCUUGCUGCAAUUAUUGUGCUUCUAGCUGCAACAAUUGGCUGUGCUCUUUCACAAAACUACACGCAGCACUUUGCCUUGCGAAUCAUCCAAGGUCUGGCCACUGGUGCCACAGAGUCACUUCUCCCGCUAAUCCUUGCCGAGGUGACAUUCGUGCACCAACGAGGCAAGAUCUACGGCUUAUACUGGUCGACACAGAAUAUCAUCAAUAGCUGUUUCAACAUCGCCAGCUCUUAUGAAGCGGCUGCUCUGGGCUGGCGCUGGUAUUACUGGAUCUUCGUGAUCACCGUUGGUGUCGGUGGUUUGAUCACGUUCUUUACUUGUUUUGAGACCGCCUACUCUCGCUCUAUCCAGAUCGUUGACGGGAACGUCGUCACCACUGACGAAUAUGGUGUGACUCGUGUUCUAACACGCGAAGAAGCGCAAACAUAUAUCACGGCCAAUGCAAGAGUUGAAGGUGAUCAGAAUGGUCAAUCCGAGGAUUCGAUCCCUAAGAAAACCUAUCUGGAGCUACUCAAGCCUUGGUCAGGAGUGAAGAAUCCUCCCUUCAAGACUAUGCUGGAUUCUUGGUGGCGAAUGUUACUGUGUUUGACAUCCCCAGGCAUCAUAUAUGCCACUUUGCUUUCGUCCGCUGUCCUUGCCGCUGCGAUUGGCAUGGGACUGACUUACGACAAUGUGCUGCAGAGUUACGGGUGGCAAGCCAAGAAUGUUGGUCUCAUUAACCUUGGUGGCGUAUUUGGUAGCUUUGGCGGUCUCCUUUACGGUGGAAUUUUUGGUGAUUGGUUCGUUAUUAAAGUGGCCAAGAGGUGCGGUGGUGCUCAUACCCCGGAACAUCGUCUUCUGCUAUUGAUUGGCCCCGGUGUUAUCACUGUUUUCACGCUCCUACUUUAUGGUUUUACUGCUGGUGGCGGAUCUACCUGGGGUGGUCCGUACAUGGCCUGGGCAAUCUUCGAAGUAGCCUUUGUUGCGGUACUCAUUAUCUCAACGACCUUUGCUGCUGAGGCAUGGGAUCACAAUGCUGGUCCUGCCUUGGUCAUCGUUGUUGGGACAAAGAACCUGGUCUCCUUCGGCAUUGCUUACGCUCUCAUCCCGAUGGUCACCAAGUAUAGCUACGCUGCAGGCAUGGGAAUGCUAGCUGGUGUUUCUGCAUUUAUUUUCCUGCUCGGUAUUCCCGUCUACUAUCUCAACCCCGUGUGGCGGCGAUAUAUGGAGAAAAAGGUCAAGCCAUCCUAA